AUGCCUCCCUGAGCACUUGCCCCUUCGACGCACUCAGACCGAUACCCCGCCCUCCUGAAUAACAUCUGCGAUCUAUCCAAACACAUAGACCCUCGACGCACACAAUCCUCGUCUUCCGCAGCGUCACUUUUCCUUCGACGCGGACCAGACUUUCUCUCCCUCCCUCCCUCUUUCUUUUCCCUCAAUCCCCUCCCUGCAAAUCAAAGCAUGCGUCCGAAACCUCCUACGUCUUCAGGGACGUCUACCCUCUCCUCCCAGCCGUCUCCUGCCGGCCUCCCUCCCCCUGUCAUUGCCCCUGAGGAGAACAGCUCCCUGCAUAUGGGCCACCGCGCCCCUCCCUCCCUUCCUCUUCACGAGGCCAGCUCAUGCUCCGGCAGCAAUGCAAUCAGCAGAGGCCGUUUAAAGGCAUUCAAUGAGACGAAUCUCCUCCGCGAGAAGGAGGUACAGCCAGGGGCCGCGUCCUCCUCCCGCCCUUCCCCCUUCCCGUCCUCCUCCUCCUCCUCCUCCUCCUCCUCCUCCUUCAUAUUCUCCUCCUCCUCCUCCACCUCCUCGCCCGAACGAGGUGGCUCCCUCGACCACCCCCAG